AUGCGCUAAUUCCUUCAAUUUUUUUUAGAUUUUAACUUUUUAUUGACCAAAACAGCAAAAGAUAAAUGUUAAUACGCAUACAUUAAGAAAUAUAUCAACAUUUGCUUGUACAGUCUUUUUCAUCCUUACAAUAUGCCUCAAACGAUAAAGCAAACAUAAAUUAAAUAAUUAUGCAAAUGCACACACUUUAUGUUUCUGUGAGCCUUUGUGUGAAUUUUACAGGAAUAGAACAUGCUUUGCCCCAACAAAGCAUGUCAAUUUUGCCUGACUUCUUCCGAGUCAGGAUGUCUCUGUCUACCUCUUUAGGAGUCAAAACUAGUCUGUGACAUCCCUACAAGAUCUCAAUGACAGUGAUGUGAGGGAGAAGAUACCUAAACAUCACAAAACAGGAAAAAUCAUGUUUUCAGCCUUGAAGUACCAUGCAGUAGACUACUUACAUGAGAAAAUGGCUAAACAGAGAUUUUCCUUUGAAUGGUUAUCAAUUCACAUCCCUUCCUGUUUAUACCAGGAUAAAAAUUAUUACCAUGAUGGAGUCUUUGAUUAUGAUAAAUAUAGGAGGCCCUGGACAAGAGUUUCACUUGAUGCCAAUCAAAUUGUCAUGAAUUUUUCUGUGCUUGAUCAUUGGAGGAAAUGUCUCUAUAUAGAAGAUUUCUUGGAGAAGAAACCCACUUCAAGCACUCUCUUCCACAUUCAUAAUGAAGACAUUGAAAUUGUUCCAAGUUCAAAUCCUUGUUCACAGUUUGAUAUAGAAGAUGCUUAUGUGCUUAUGAAGGAUGAUGACAAGGAAGAAUUUACUCAUGCCACUCAUUUACGAUGUAAUUAUGUUACAGUUGUACUUAAAGAGGACAAAGAAGGUUUAUAUAUUGAGGAUGAACUUGUUUUCAUUGACAGUUUGACACAGUAUGCUAAACGUCUACCUACUCUGCAUAUGCUCUUGAGCCGACUAAACAUUUUCCAUGUGCAGGAUCCCUUUUUAAAUUGUAAAGGAGAUAAUAUCAUAGAAGAGGACAUCUUCAGAGAGUGCUUUACUUUCAAAACUAAUGUGACAUCUGAGGCAAAAGAGAAAGAACUAAAAGAAGAAUUUUGCAAAGUUCCCUUAAGGAAUGAGGAGAUACUUGUACUUCCUAUUCAGUUACAAUCCUACAAAACAAAGAGUCUCGGGCUAAACACUGAGAUUCCCACAGGUUUGGCACUGAAGUCCUUAUUGCAAGUAACUCAGGAAAUUAUAGGAGAUGAAAAUGAAAGUCUCGAAAUAACCAGUGAAGACCUUAGAGUGAAAAUUACACCUGAGAUAGAGAUUUCAGAAUAUUGUCCCACAGACGAAGUUGGUGCCAAUGAAAGCAGAAGUGCACUGGAACUCAGCAAGCCAGAAAGUUAUACUUCAUUCCAUCCUGGAGAAUUAGAGGUACCACUCACUCCUCCAAGUGGAUCAGAGAAGGUACAUGUGCAUUCACUGUAUGCACAAUUACAAUCUGAACCAGUUUCUCCUUUUACUAAAAGCAAUUUGAUUACAGAAUCCACUGUAGAGUACUUGGAGGGCCUGGUGUGGCAAUCAGAGAAAUAUCAAAAUGCCAUGAAUGAUCUAUUACUAGCAGACCAUCAGACUUUUGUACCUAUAUGUCAGCAGUUUCCAGUUACAGAAUUGAAAACACUAUUGUCUGUACAUGAAGAGAUCUCAGUGUUCAGCCACCUAGAAAAAGAUGAAUGGAUUAAGUUAACAGAAACGGGGGCUGUACCAUGUGUGUUAGAAGCACUGAGCACAGAUUUAAGUGAUGGAGAAGGACUUGUUUGUACUAAUGUAGAAGCAUUCUCAAAAAUUACUACUUCUCAGUUAGGCAAUUGGCUUGAGAGGAAGAAUUCAUUUGCUAACAAUAGAGUGGAGCCUUCUGAUGUCCCUGAUUAUAGGGGAACAAUGGAUUCUUGUUUGUCACCUCAGAAGAAAGAGAUACUUCCUCCAUUGCUCUUGGAGCCUAUAUUCGGUGUACAUCUACAGUACAGGUGUACAUCUACUGUAGGUAACAAUGCAUCUACUGAAGAGAACAUCAGCAGAAAAACCCCACAGAAGGAAACGAGAAAACAAGGGCAUUUUGGUAACCAAGAAGAAAAUGAUCAGUUGCAACUUGUCAGUUGCAGGGAGGUACUGGCUGAAGCAAACAACACAUCAGGAAAUAAAAUGCCAGCUCGCUUUGAACUGCCUAGGACAUGUAGAAGUGACUUUGACCUUUUGAGCAACUUCAUCAUGCUGAGGUCUCAGCAUAAAAUCACCCAAAACAAGGAAGCAAACAAUGUGGAUGUUCAAGAAGAAGUUCUGGAUGCUGAGGAGGAAAGUCCAACAUCUGAAAAACACAACAGUCCUGUUACCAUUAGUGAAGCGGUCCCUAUGGAAAAGCAAACAAGGGAAAAUGAAGAAAUAGUCUCCAUACAAAUUAAAGCAUCAGUGAGCCAAUUUCAGGCAUAUCAUAUCCUUGAAGCUGCAGCGGCUCCAGUUUUGAAAGAGCUCUUGAGUUUUUGCAUGCACAAUUGGAAGUUUGCCACCCUUAAUUUUGACAUCACCAGAUUUUUUUUAAAACAGCAAGAGAAAGUGAUCAGGGAUGCUUUUAAUCAAGGCGUGACUGGUACCAAAGAGACAAAAGAUACUACAGUAUUCAAAUAUGCUGGUGUUCUUCAUUUGCUGGUAACAGUUCGAGAUCUCUUAUUAACAUGUAACUUGAACACUGCAUUAGGAUAUUUGUUUAAGGCAAAAGAUAGAUAUAAGGACUUCCUAGACUUUAGCUUGGAUAAUAUCUGGAGACUAUUGAAGAUUGUGCAGAUUGCCACACAGAAGCAUGAGGCCAAUCCCAAGAUAACAGAGCUGUAUCAUCAAAUGUCCAGAUGGGUGCAGAGUAAUAUGAAUGAUCGGAAUAAGGUAGUAAUUGUGACAAGAAUGGAUUUUGAUGAAGAAACAGAUGUCCUAAUCAACACCAUUAGUGCAGUGCAAGGCUUGAAAAUUAUAUAUUUAGAUUCUGAAAAAAGAGGGACUUUGUUAGAAAGCAAAAAUGUAACAAGUAGUUUGGAAAUAUACUCUUGUGUGGUUGUAUAUAAUCAGAAUAUUGGCCCUGAUUUUCCCUGGAGUCAUUUUUCAUUAGUGGUGGAAUAUAAUUAUUCAGAAAAUUCCUGUUGGAUUAAUCAUUGCAAAAAUCUGAAUGUUUCUUAUAUAACUUUCAUAACCACUCUCCCAGAAGCAUUUGGAAUCGAAGAGGUUUCUCCAGAUAAUUUUGGAUGUGUCCUUCUGAAGGUGCAAAUCCCAUAUGUUUUUCUGAUGUCUGAGGGUCUUCUCAACACCCCAGAAAUCCUGCAGUUACUGGAGUCAAAGUACAGUAUUACAUUCAUUGAGAGAAGCUGCUGUGAGGGAUUACAGUUCUUUGGACGCACAGACCAUUAUGUCGUGGUGACUAUAGAUGAAUGCACUGCUAUCAUUAUGCAGAACAUGGAAGAACUCAGUUAUGAAAAAUCUUCUGAUAAUAUUAUGUUAAGACUGAUGGUGCUAUCACUCCAGUACAGCUCCUGUUGGAUUAUUUUAUACUCCAGAGAAAGGUUAAAUUCUGAGUAUAGCCUAUCUGGAAAGACUCUGCACAACCUAGCCUUGAUUUAUGCAGCUUUGGUUUUAUCUGCACAGAAGUCAGAAGACUUUGAAGUGAAGGUGGCUCUUACACCAGGAGUUGAAGAGACAGCGCUCUUAAUUCGUCAGAUUGCUGACCACAUUCUGAUGACUUCUAAAAGACAUCCCCAGGAAUGGCUGGAUAAAUCCUGGCUUUCUGUUUUGCCCUCAGAGGCAGAGAAAUGCUUGCUUACAUUUCCAUGCAUGAACCCUCUAGUGGCUCAAGUCAUGUUAAAGAAAAGUUCUUCACUGGAGUGGCUUCUGUCAGCAACUUUUGAGCAGCUUCAUGCACUUCUGCCUGAUGUGCCUGAAAAAGUUCUGAAGCACUUUAGGGACAUCACAUCAUUGUACACCUUAAAACCUCCAAUCAAGACAAAACCUCCAGGAGAAAUUGUGUCACUUCAAGAAAACAUGAGCUCUCCUAUUGGCUCCUGCUCUCAAGUUUCCUUUCCUGAGGCUUUGUUCGCCGGCUUUCAAGGACAUAGUCCCUUUACUGAAUAUUCAGGAAACUUUAAUGAAACACAAAAGAGCAAAAGCUGUUCCCCAGAUUAUUGCCAAAAUGCAUCUUGCAUACCUGUGAAAUCAAAUGGAAGGUGCAGGAGCUUAAUGGCACCUUCAGCACCAUACCAAGGAAAAGUUUGUUCCUUUCAGGAAAAUACAGGGGUAGAAAGGCAACACUACUUCCCAUUUCUAAAAGAAAAGGACACAGAAACAGUAUCUUCAUCACAAGUACCACUGAACAGUCUAAGAGGACCUACCCAUAUUAACUCUGAAGCCACAAUGCCAUCUUUGGCGUACAACCAGGGUGGAACUAAUACUUAUUUUGAAAAUGGGCCACAAAACAGAAUGUGUCAUUCAAAACUAGCAACAGGCCAAAAGCUAGAUGCCCCAGUCUUGUUAAAGAACCCAAUCCAUCAAGGUGUCAAAUAUGCACUAGGGGUGAAAAAACAGCCUCUUGUGAAACAACAUAACUCUAGCAAGGAUUCAAAGCGUUCUUGGUACCUUGUCUCUAACAGAGAACAUUUUCCAUUCCAGCAGAGCACUGGCAGUUUUCUAGAACUUAGUGGGACAGGGUAUAGUGGUCCAGAAUUUCAGCUUGAGAAGAGGUUUGGGGAUAACCACCCAUCUGUGCAAGCAAUGGAUUCAUCUCCCCAUGAUUCAAGUUUCUGCAAAGCAUUAUCCAGUUCAGAAAGAUUCUUUAAUUCGGACUACCAAAUAACUGGAGAGUAUGCAGGAAACAAAAUGUCUAAGAAAUUAUCAUCUAAUAGAAGAGAACAUGUUUCAACAGGUUUAGAAUUCAUCCAGUUACCUCAGCUUAAAAAAAGACGUCUAACAUUUGAAAAAGACCCUGGGAGAAGCGACGGUCAAACACGUCUAAAAUUCUUUUAAAGGAACUUUAAGCUAGCCCUUCACACAUCUGUUUAAAUGUUGUAAUGUUGUACAGGUUUUUUAAAAUAAUGGUAGAAUAAAUUAAUUUUAUAAUCACUUAUUUUAACAAAUUUUAUCUUUUCUUGUAGUGCUUGUUAUGGAAAGGUUUUACACGUUUGGGGGUUUGGAGAUUUUAGGAAAUAGAUUGGAUAAGCCUGGAAAAGUGACUAUAAAAAGAUGUGGUGGUGUACAAUGA